AUGCUGCAUUUAACACCAAAAAAUGAAAAGAAGCUGAAGAAAGAGAAAACAAAGAAAGCUGUUGAUCCUUCCAAACUAACGCCCGAGUAUAUAGAAGAGCAAAGGAGAUUAAGGAAUUUGAAAAAAGAGCAAAAAAGGAAAGAACUUUUGGAAAAAGGUAUAGAUGAGUCUCAGUUAGAUACUCCAGAAAUUCUUAGAUUCAAUACUAGACCUUUUAUUUCCGUUUCAAAUGUGGAAACUACCCAAGGGAAAGUUUCUUUGAAAAUUAUGACAUACAAUGUACUUGCACAAGCAUUAAUCAGAAGAAAAUUAUUUCCUACUAGUGGAAAUGCUUUGAAAUGGGCCACUAGAUCUCAAGUACUUUUGAAUGAGAUGAAACAUUAUGAUGCUGACAUUAUGUGUUUACAAGAGCUUGAUUUUAUUCAAUAUAAGAGUUAUUGGAAAUCAGAGCUACUCAAGUUGGGUUAUGAAAGUAAUUAUUUCCGAAACCCAGUGAAGAAUCAUGGUGUAUGUAUCUUCUACAAACAAUCUAAACUCAUAUUCAAACAUCAAAGUUUUAUAGAUUACGACCGAGAAGAGAGUGGUGAUAUACCUGCCAGAACAAUCACUCAGAACAUAGGGUUAUUGGCUUGCUUUGAUUUCCAUCCAAAAUUCAUUGAAGAUGCACAGAUCUCCAGAAAUGGUUUAAUUAUAGGUACCACUCAUUUAUUCUGGCAUCCUUUUGGUACUUAUGAAAGAACUCGUCAAACUUAUUUGAUUUUAAAGAAGACCAAGGAUUUCUUGAAUACCAUGAACUCAUUAAGUGGUAAUGAUUUGGGUUGGUAUACUAUUUUUGCUGGAGAUUUCAAUUCUCAGCCAUUUGAUUCUCCUUAUUUGUCUAUAGUUUCUAAACCAGUUGACUAUACAGACAGAGCUAAGAAUGUUAUCGGGUGUAGUUUAUCAUAUCAAUAUUCCAGGAAUAGAGGUAUGAACAGCAAACCCGACAAUUCAGAAACAAACGAAGAAAAUGAAGAUGAAGAAGAGCAAGAAGAGGAAGAGGGAGGAAACGUGGAAAAAUUUGGAAGUAAUCAACCACAACAUCCAGUUCCGGAAACAUUCGAUCCAACACCAGAACAAUCCGAACUCAUUGCUAAAAUGCAAGAUUUGCACAACAAUUUACCUGUAAGAGCAGUUUCUUUAUAUUCUUUAGCUUAUGAUAAAGUCGAUGGUGAAAAUGCUGGGAAAGACAACGCUAGAAACGAACCAAUGUAUUCCAAUUGGGCUCAUGCUUGGAGAGGAUUAUUAGAUUAUAUCAUGGUGAUUACCAAUUGGGACGCUUCAUCCAAUGCAACGAAAUUGGAUACCAUUGAAGAGGUAGCCAAUCGUGAUGAUAUAAGAUUACUUAAGUUAUUAAGAUUACCUAGAGGUGAAGAAAUGGGAGAAGAGCCCUCAGGUCAACCUCGUAUAGGACAAUAUCCAUCGGAUCAUUUUUGUCUUAUGGCAGAAAUCGAACUUUUAUAG